AUGAGGGCCCCGCGACAGGGCCACACCCAGCUGGAGCAACAGGCUGCAGGCAGAGGCAGCGGGAGCCAUCCAGAGAGAGAGGGUCCAACCCCUUCAGCCAGUGGCAUCACCAGCCUUCAGGGACCAGCCACCCCAGGGCCUGGCCAGGUUCAACAGGUGAGGGGGAGGGGUGAGGUCGCUGGCUCAGUUCUUCCAGCGACCAGUUUGGGACAGCAGGGGGUGUGGAGGGAGAGGCAGCACUGGAGGCUGAGGUUGGCAGGAGUCCUUUUUCUUUGGUUUUUCCUCCUUCCCAGCAGCAUCCUCCUGUUGAACCCAGGUGCAGCUAGAGCAUCUGUUGGUGUCCGCGUGGUCCCUGGUGAUCCAGGGCUUUUGUUGGGGGUUUUCCUUGAAAUAGAAAGAAAUUGCUGCGUGCUGUACAGACAACAGAAACUCAGAUGCCACUUUUCAGGGUCACGGGCAAAAGACCAGAGACAUACAAAAUCCCCCUGCCUCAGGACCUGUCUGAUGAUUUGCUUCAAGGACCAGGCAAGGAUGGAGCAAAGGGAACCAACAGCUCACUCUCAUGUUAAAGCAACUGAUGGAAGACUCAGGGAACUGGCUUCAAAGUGGUUCAUCGAGACUCAAGCGCCACUCAUCGUCCACAACGGCUUCUUCCCCACAUGGUUCCUGGGCUUCAUCACAAGAAAGGAGGCUGAAGAAAUACUCAGAAAAAAGGAGCUUGGCAGUUUCCUGAUCCGCCUCAGUGAAAAGGUCAUCGGAUACAUUCUGUCUUAUAGAGGCAGGGAUCGGUGUCGACAUUUUGUGAUAAACCAAAGUGAAUCAGGGCAGUUUUUAGUGAGUGGAGACACUGAGGGGCACGACUCAGUCUCUGAUCUCAUCAAAUACUACACGUCAAGCCCUAUUCAGCCGUUUGGAGAGUAUCUAGCAUCUUCAUGUUUUGAGGCACUGGACAAAGACCUCUAUGAUAUCAUCCAGGUUUGCCCAAGAGAAGAUUGGCCUGUGGCCAAUGUCAGAGCUGUGAACAACAUGCUAAAACCACAGAUCAACUCGGCCUCAGAGCAGCCGCCUGCACGGCCACCAAAGAACAACAGGACACUGGAGGCAACACCACCUUUGCCUCGGAGGAGCAGGCCCCUUGAGAGUGACCCCCUGAAUGUGCCGGACAGGGUUUUGUAUGCUCAGCUCAGUAAGCAAUCCCCAAGAGAGAUCCCGAUAUGUCAACACAUUUGCCAGGACAAUUUCCCAGGAGAAAAUAUCGGGAGAGCUGAGAGAUCCACAACCCAGGAUCAGAGCAGGUGUAGUCCUCCAUCUGUUUACUCUGAGCUCAACCUGUUGGAGAGCAAGAGCAGGUCUCUCCCGCUCCUGGACAACAUCUCUGAUGCAGAGCAGUCUAACAGGCUGAGUGCACCCCCCCACACUCCUCCGAGACUUUCCCCGAAACCCAUCAGACAAACCACUUCCCUUGGCCCAAGCAGCUGCCACAGCCCAGAGUACACUAGUGUCAGUGCUUUCUAUGAGCUGGCUGGCCAGCCUGGUAGUCCACACACUACAUCCUCUGGGACCAGAUCUGCAGAGGUCCCCAAUGAAGCCGUCGUUGGCCGCUUCACUCAUGACAACAUAUAUCAGCUCAUCUCUGGCCACAAGGACACAGCUACACCUGAACCCGACAGCAACACUUAUGAGUCUGUGAAGGACAUCAGACCCAAACAUAAAAACUCAUACAGUGGGUUAAAGAAUGAUACAUGGAAGUGGCUGUUCCCUGAAGUCAAGAGGAAAUUGUAAAGAUGUUAUCUCACCAGCUAAUGUUCACUCGUUGUGCGUACAGGGUGCAACCAUCAAUGCUGCACUUCAUUCACAGGAAACUUUAUUUGCAUAAAGAUCAUUAGAAGUCUGCAUAAAAAUAUAUUGAGGAAGUGUGUCAAAUAUGU